ACGACAUCGGCCGAGUGAGGUCAGUCCGUCAGUCGCGAGAGGCGCGGGCGGCGCAGCGCUUGCGCAACACGCCUCGCUCCCCACAGCGUCGGCGCUUCUUUGUUUACGUUACUUUGUGUUCGUCGCGCGCUCCAUACGCUUGCCAUUUGUUGUUUCACGAAAUGUAUCUCUGUCAUCUCCGAAACUCAGUGUAUGUAAAGUUGCAAGGUUUACGCGAUUCUGGAGUAGAGCCGUAGUGCGUGCUUGCGAUAUGGAGUGGUUUAAGGGCCUGGCGGGGCGCGUGCGGCAGGAGCCCGAGGCGGACGAGGCUCCGGCGCCGCUGCUGGAGUCGGCUCAGGAGCGGCGCGAGCGCUGGCGCAGCGUCUACGUCAUCUACUUCACCAUGUUCCAGAUGUCGCUGGGCUUCAGCAUCGUGCUGACCGGAGUGUGGCCCUACCUCGACAAGUUGGAGCCGGGCGCGCAGAAGGAAGUGCUGGGGCUGGCGGUGGGCGCCAACCCGCUGGGGCAGCUGGUGUUCUCGCCGCUGCUGGGGCUGUGGGCCAACCGCGCGGGCUCGGCGCGCGCGCCGCUGCUGGCCACACUGGCGCUGUUCGUGCUGGCCAGCGUGCUGUACGCGCAGCUGCACCUCACGCGCCCCUACGCCAAGUACUGGAUGGUGUUCGCCAGGUUCCUCGUCGGCGUCAGCUCAGCGAACAUCGCGGUGGCGCGCUCGUACCUGUCGGCGGCGACGCUGGUGAGCGAGCGCACGCGCGCCGUGGCCGUGGUGUCGCUGGCGCAGGUGCUGGGCUUCGUGGUGGGCCCCGCGCUGCAGGCGGCCGCGGCGCCGCUGGGCCCCGGCGCGCCCUACGCGCCGCCCGGCGACCUGUCCGCGCCGCUGCGCCUCGACAUGUACACCGCCGCCGGCUGGAUCAACGCCGUGCUCGGCUUCCUCAACUUCCUGCUCUUCCUGCCGUGCUGCUUCAAGGAGAGGAAGAUCGCCGCCAGAGAGGCCAUGAUCGCGCAGGGCGCCGACAACGAAAAGGAAGCUUUAAAAGCUUUGAAGCCGGACCCGGUGAGCAGCUGGACGCUGGUGGCGGCCUUCUUCGUGCUGGUGUUCAACUUCGUGCUGCUGGAGACGCUGGCCACCAUGCUGACCAUGGACCAGUUCGCGUGGAGCAAGCGCCAGGCGCUGGAGUACAUGGGCGCGCUGAUGAGCGGCGGCGCCGUGCUCGCCUGCCUCACCUUCGCGCUCAUCGGCCCGCUCACGCGCGUCUUCGAGGAGCGCGCGCUGCUGCUGUGGGGCGGCUUCCUGCUGACGGGGCUGGCGUCGGUGCUGUGCAUCCCGUGGGGCCCGGGCCCGCCGCCGCUGGCGCCCAGUGGCGCGGCGGAGGCGGGCGGCGGGUGUCCGCAGGAGACGCAGCCGUGGUGCGCGGAGUCGCGGGGCCUCACGCUGCCGCAGUUCCUGGCGGGCUACGCGUGCGUGUCGGUGGGCUACUCGCUGGGCGUGACGCUCAUCCAGACGAUAUUCUCGAAGGUGCUGGGGCCGCGACCGCAGGGCGUGUGGCAGGGCGUGCUGACGGGCGCGGGCUGCCUGUCGCGCGCGCUGGGCCCGGUGUUCGUGUCGGCGGUGUACGCGCGGCGCGGGCCCGUGGCCACGUUCGGCAGCACGGCGGCGCUGACGCUGGCGGCGCUGGCGGCGCUGCGCCUGGUGUACGCGCGCCUGCAGCCGCCGCCGCUGGCGCCGCCCGCGCCGCACGCCGCCGAGCUGCGCCCGCUCAAGCGCGACGUGCCCGCCUGACCGCCUCGCCCGCCUCGCAUUCAAACACUCGUUACAUCGUACACUUUAGAUGCUAGUUUCAAGGAUCCAAUAAUGAUGUAAGAUUGUGACGUAGAGUCCAAAAACAUCAGGAUAAUAAAUAACCAUCUCAUCUGAAUAGAAAUCCUCUCAUGAAAUUGAUGCUAAGAAUUAACAAUUUGUUUAAAAGAAGACACUCUCGAUUCAGGUCUCAGUUAGUGAAAUGUUAAGCAUUGUAGGUACCCUAAUACUUGUAUCUUUUACUGACAGUGAGAUGGUUAUUUCUAUUAAGGUCAAUAACUGUGGCACCUGCGCGUAGUAUACGUGAAUAAAAGGCCGCGUUUCCACUGACGCGGAGCUGGGCGGAGAGGAGCUUAGCGGUGCACAAAUUGACCAAUGACUAUGCUUGAAAUCUCCGCUCCGCUUCAAUGGAAACAGUACGAGCGGGGUGUAGCAGAGAUUCAUACAUCGAGGCGGUGCAGUGCGGAGGACAGCGAGCAUUGGGGUGCAGAGCGGAGGACAGCGGGGCGGUACGGGCGGUGCGGAGGGGGGCGGUUCCGAGAGAUUGAGUGUAACUAAGUGCAAAAAUGCGCGAUUCCAAAAGUAUGCUCCGCUCUGCUCCGCUCACUGACCACUCACCGCUAUUCAUCGCUCCUCUCCGCCCCACUCCGCCCAGUUCCGCUUCAGUGGAAACACUGACCACUUUUCACCGCUCUUCUCCGCUCCUCUCCGCCCAGCUGCGCGUCAGUGGAAACGCGGCCUAAGCUUGACACGUAAUUAUGCCACAGUUAAGACUCGUCAUAGGAAACAACUACCGUUAUUAAUUAUGUAACAUAAUGCAGGAGAAACAAAGAGAACAAAGUAAUACGUAUUUGUGAUAUAUCAUGUACCUAGUGGAGCAUAGGUGAAUAGUUGUAAGUAUACAGUAUGUAUGUCGCAGGCGUGUCGCGGCGUGUGACGCUCAGUUCGCUGCGUAGCGAUGUUACACUAAGAUAAUAACGACACGUUGGUAACCAGGCCACGACUCCACGAGUUGUUGUCGUUGUGAUAACUUAGAGUCGGUGAUAGGCAUAUCUAAGACUGAGUUAGAUAGAUAGUACGCUGUUGCAGUAUAAACAUUAUACAGGGUGUCUUGUAGCUUCUAUGUAUUGUAAUCUAGUGGCGUGGAACUGACUCUUUUUUGCGUACAGUAGAGAAUUUAAAAAAAAACUGGCCAAGUGCGAGUCGGACUCGUGCACGAAAGGUCCGUGUAAAAAAAACACAGCUAAAAUAUUUAUUGUUUUCUACCUUUCAGUAUUUGUUGUUAUAGUAACUAUGUAUAAUCUAUGGUUAUAGCGGCAACAUAAAUAUGUAGGUACCCACCAUAAUGAUCCUUUCGGAAUGGAAGCGGAAACACUAAAAAUGCUGGUUUGUAUAUAUAUUAUGUAAAUGGAGUCAGUUUUACACCGAUUUUUGUAAGGUAUUAUUAGGGAAAAGAUUUGGUGAGUGCUUCUGAAAGUACUCUGAGGGCAGUCGGAACUUUGCGUAGUUCAGUGCUCGGUUAACAGCUGGAUGUUUUGGCUUGAAUCUUACCAACCUUGGCUGGCGACUGCCUGACGAGACACGUUGACGCUCAACUGUGCACUGCACCUGCAGGAGGGUCCGUGCUCGCAACUUACUUUCACCCUGGGUCUUUGGGCUAAAGCCCAACUGGCUGCCAUUCGAAACAUACGACAGAUGGUCGCAGUUCCUUCGGUAUAGCCUUAUAGGUGGGUACUUACCCUUGCGGAACAUGUAUGUUUUCUAUGUAUAACUUGGCAGUUAGAUAGGAAGUGAAGGAACAUGCUGGUUUGAAGUUAUUGUCGAUAGUAACGCUGUAAGCCAGUAAGAUAGGUUGGUGUUCGGUGCACGUCGAGUCUGCUGGGGCGAAGUCACUCGGAGGUGGAGCUCGCUGCUCACGUCACAUGUACAUAUCCUUAGAGUAAUGUGUAAGUAGAUGUAAUGUUUUGUAUAUUUUUGAUAUGGUUUUUUUGACAUCGAAUAAAUUAUGAAUUGAUUUUUGUUG